AUGAUGGUGAGGGUGACGAUACCGACGAUGUGCCUGGGAAUGAGUAUACAGAUCAGUAGGAUGAUAUCGCUGGCACCCAGGCUGAGAGUGGAGCAUACAGGCUUCGACACCCUCAGCGGCCAGUCGUUUGGACAGCAGUUCGCAGAUCGGGUCGCCAACCCAGAGGACAUCCUGCUUUUCCACAAGCGAGCUGGAGCCGCCGGAGCCGUGGGGAACAGACUGUUCGGCAUGGGGGACGUCCUGGAGAUCGACGCCGGGCCAGAAGACAACGAGGACGGCGUGAAGAUCCAGGACAUAAUCUACAAGCACAUCGAUGGGGGUCAGAGCCUGCAGAUCCUGACGGAGCCAGACCUGAAUGACGCCGUGCAGGCCUUCGUGCAUCGCGCCGACCCUUGCGCCAUCGAGCGCUACGUGCGGCAGGCCGUGGAGUCUGCGAACCAGGCCGUGCUGAAGGACAGCCGCGCCGCAGACGAGAACGAGAUCCGCGUCCAGAUCCAGGACCGCACAGAGGGCCUGCGACAGCGGAGGCUCGCCACCGCGGCGGCGGGAGGCGCCCCGGAGGCGCCGGCGCCAGCGGGCAGCCCUCCCGCGGAGAGCGCCGCCAAGGUCGAGCAGAUCGAGGCCGAGGACCUCGACGCGGGCGCCGCUGCGGUGUCCUUCGCCGCGGAGGCGGCCCGGCCGGCGGCGGCGGACCGCGGCCGCAGCGGCAGGGGGCGUGGCCGGGGCCGCGGCCGUGGCGCAGAGAAGCGCGAGCUCCCCGACGGCCUCGAGGCCGUGGCGCCCCCAGCGAAGGCGGCGCGCGGGCGCGGUAUGCCGGCGACCCCGGCGGCUGCGCACACCGGGCGCGUCGACAGCCUGCGACUGGUCGUCGGCAGCCAGGGGAGGCAUCAGCGCGAUGCCGUGCCCGCCGAAGCGCCCGCCGCCGACCAGGCGGCGGCGACGGCCGCGCCGGCUGCCGCCCCUGCGACGGGCUUUCUGCAGAAGCGCGGCGGCGCCGCGGCCGAGUCUGUGUGGGGCAACCCGGACGCCGCCGACCCCGGCAGCGCCGCGAGGGACUCCCAGCCGCGGGCCAAUCGCAAGUGGCAGCUGCGCGGCUCUGACGCGGGCUGA